UGGGAGGCGCGCUCCCGCGUCUCUGGAGUACCCCCUAGCGGCGCGCGUCCCCGCGGGCUGCUGCGUGCGCCCGGCGCAGCUGUCGGUCGGACUGGAGCUGUGGGUCCGCACGCAGGGGACACAUGGGCGCAGUGUGACGGCUGCUUUCAGGGGCACCCGCCGUCGGACUCGACUCUUCGGCCACGUUCUCGUCUGCGGGGUUUAAUGGUCGCUUUGCUUGACGCGCGGCUGAGAGCGUUUCCGUCACGGAGCACGCUUCUGUCGGCGCCUUUGUUUGGGAUGAGGCUGGACUGCCGCUGCUGCGGAGACGGGCUCCUGUAGGAACUUUUCUCGGGGCAGGGAUGUCUUCGGCUCGGGUGGAUUACGUUGCGCCCUGGUGGACUUACUGGCUUCACAAUUUCCCUCACAUCAACCUGAGGUUUGAGCCCAUUGACCACAGCUUCCAGCCUUCGGAGGAGAACUACCAGCAGUCCCUGAUCUUCCUGGGCUGCGUGGCGGCCGCCGGCCUCGGCCUCAACCUGCUGUGCCUGGCCGUCUACCUGAGCUGCCUGUGCUGCUGCCACAAGGACGAGGAGGAGGAGAGCAAGAAGCCCGGCUCCUGCUGCGUCACCUGGUCGGCGGUGGCCGCCGGCCUCAUCACGUGCAUCGCAGUGGGUGUGGGUUUCUAUGGCAACAGCGAGACCAAUGACGGCGUGUACCAGUUGUCCUACUCACUCUACAACGCCAAUCACACGCUGGGCGGUGUGGACAGCCUGGUGUCCGGCACCAUGGGCGGCAUGAAGACGGGCCUGCACCAGCACCUGGCCCGGCUGGACGAGAUCUUCGCCACGCGCGGCGACUACGUGCAGACGCUGCAGUUCAUGCAGCAGAUGGCCGACAACGUGAUCAAGCAGCUGCUGGGCCUGCCGGACUGGGCCGGCGCCGACGUCAGCCUGGCCUCCAUCGCCGACCGCACGGCCACAGUGGAGUACUACAGGUGGCUCAUCUACCUGCUGCUGCUCAUCCUGGACCUGAUCAUCUGCCUGCUGGCCUGCCUGGGCCUGGCCAAGCAGUCGCGCUGGCUGCUCACCACGAUGAUGGUGUUUGGAGUGAUGACGCUGAUCCUGAGCUGGACGUCCCUGGGAGCCGGCCUGGCUGCAGCCGUGGGGACCAGCGACUUCUGCGUGUCCCCAGACAAGUACCUCAUGAGCCAAACGAAGGGCGUCGUCGGUGCUGAUAUCCUCCAUUACUACCUGUACUGCAACCAGACCCUGUCCAACCCGUUCCAGCAGCCUCUGACCAUCUUCCAGAGGUCCCUGACCACCAUGCAGAUCCAGAUCCAGAGUCUGCUCCAGUUUGCCGUGCCUCUCUUCCCGACCGCUGAGGGAGACCUGGUGGGGAUCCAGCGCCUGCUGAACUCCUCCGAGGCCGGGCUGCACCAGCUGACCGCCCUGCUGGACUGCAGGGGGCUCAACAAGGACUACCUGGACGCCAUGGUGGGCGUGUGCUACGACGGCGUGGAGGGCGUGCUCUACCUCUGCCUCUUCUCCGUGCUGGCGGCCUGUGCCUUCACUGUCAUGCUGUGUGCGAUUCCCCGCGCGUGGAGACAAAUCGCCUGCAGGGAGCGGGACUACGACGACAUCGACGAGGAGGACCCGUUCAACCCGCGGGCCCGGAGGCCGGGCUCCCAGAACCCCAGCCACGCCAACAUGCACAGCUUCUGCAGCUACAGCAGCAGCAUGGGCAGCCAGAGCAGCCUGCACCCGCCGGCGCCGGCCGUGUCCACCGCGCCCAUGUCCCACGAGUACAUGAACCAGACGGCUCUGUUCGGGGGGAACCCGCGCUACGAGAACGUGCCGCUGAUAGGACGAGGUUCCCCGCCCCCUUCGAUAUACUCUCAGCAGUAUAGGAGCCGAUACUCCCCCAGCAUGAGGGCCACCUACCUGUCCAUGACCGAGGACCACAGCAGGCACUUUGGCAACGACUUCCAGGCGUAGAGGAGUCGGAGGCGGGCGUCCGUGGAGCAGGAGGCGGCUCCAGCUCCGUGUUGUCCUGUUCUGUGAUGCUCGUACAUAAUUAACCACGCGCCUCCUGCUGUCGACUCCUAAUCUGUUGUGUCCGUUCACUCCGUGAAGCGUUUUGUUUUCCUUCCGAGUGUGUUUUACUGUGGGGGACGAUGGGUUGCUCUGACGCGUCUGAGCCCAGGUCCCUCAGAGGAACAACACUGGACCUGCAGUGUUGUUCCUGGUGCUUUGUGAGCGAAGCACCAGCAGCAGGUUUGAUCCACUCACACACAGCGAAGCUUCACGACUCCUGAGACACGGCUUCUGUAAAUAAGUUGGACAAUAACAGACGUUUGUCUGGCUCUGAUUUGAUUUUGUGCCAUUUUGAUAUGUUUUUCUAGUCUGUGAUGAUUAUUUUGUGUAUUUUCUAAAAGGCCAUUAACUUGUCGUCCAUCUGUUAACAUUCUGCUCUAACCACGACUGAUAUUCAGGUAAUUACUUCAAACUGGACGUGUAUCGACUAACAUUUCUUUCUGUAGAGAUUCUUAUUGCAGCUGUUGGUUAUAUUCUGUUCAGCAUGUUACACUGUACAGGUACUGGGAGCGGUGCUUAAUUGUGUGUGUGACCUCAUUGUGAUAAAGAAAUAAAUAAAUAAACCUGUUUUUAGUACAA